AUGAUCACAGUCAACCCCGAUGGGAAGAUAAUGGUCAGAAGAUGCCUGGUCACCCUGAGACCCUUUCGGCUGUUUGUGCUGGGCAUCGGCUUCUUCACUCUUUGCUUUCUGAUGACAUCUCUGGGAGGCCAGUUCUCUGCCCGGCGCCUGGGGGACUCGCCCUUCACCAUCCGCACAGAAGUGCCAGGUGGCUCUGACUCCCGUGGCGCCCUCCGCAAGAUGAGCGACCUGCUGGAGCUGAUGGUGAAGCGCAUGGACAUGCUGGCCAGGCUGGAGAAUGGCAGUGAGCUGCACCACCCUGCCAGCGUGGCACACUUAGCUGCAGACAGGUUCACCCCUGGGGCUGGCCUCAUUGAAAGGAUCCAGGCCAUUGCCCAGAAUGUGUCUGACAUCGCUGUGAAGGUGGACCAGAUCCUACGCCACAGCCUGAUUCUGCAUAGCAAGGUGUCUGAAGGUCGGAGGGACCAGUGUGAAGCACCCAGUGACCCCAAGUUUCCUGACUGCUCAGGGAAAGUGGAGUGGAUGCGUGCCCGCUGGACCUCUGACCCCUGCUAUGCCUUCUUUGGAGUGGAUGGCACAGAGUGCUCCUUCCUCAUCUACCUCAGUGAGGUCGAAUGGUUCUGCCCCCCGCUGCCCUGGAGGAACCAGACAGCUUUGCGGACAGCCCCCAAGGCCCUUCCCAAAGUCCAGGCAGUGUUCCGGAGCAACCUGUCCCACCUCCUGGAGCUGAUGGGUAGUGGGAAGGAGUCCCUCAUCUUCAUGAAGAAGCGAACCAGGCGGUUCACCGCCCAGUGGACCAAGGCUGCCAGGCACCUGGCACAGAAGCUGGGGGACAUCCGGAGGGACCAGAAACAGAUCCUUGUCCACAUCGGCUUCCUGACAGAGGAGUCUGGGGACGUGUUCAGCCCAAGGGUGCUGAAGGGCGGGCCUCUGGGGGAGAUGGUGCAGUGGGCCGACAUUCUGGCUGCUCUCUACGUGCUGGGCCACAGUCUCCGGAUCACGGUCUCCCUGAAGGAGCUACAGAGUAACUUAGGGGUGCCGCCAGGCCGGGGGAACUGCCCGCUCACCGUGCCUCUGCCAUUUGACCUCAUCUACACGGACUACCACGGCCUGCAGCAGAUGAAGCAGCACAUGGGACUGUCCUUCAAGAAGUACCGGUGCAGAAUCCGAGUCAUCGACACCUUUGGGACGGAGCCAGCGUACAACCACGAGGAGUAUGCUACGCUGCAUGGCUACCGGACCAACUGGGGUUACUGGAACCUUAACCCCAAGCAGUUCAUGACCAUGUUCCCUCACACCCCAGACAACUCCUUCAUGGGCUUCGUGUCUGAGGAGCUUAACGAGACUGAGAAGCAGCUCAUCAAGGACAGCAAGGUCAGCAACAUGGCGGUGGUGUACGGCAAGGAGGCGAGUAUCUGGAAGCUCCAGGGCAAGGAGAAGUUCCUGGCCAUCCUGAACAAGUACAUGGAGAUCCAUGGCACUGUGUACUACGAGAGCCAGCGGCCCCCCGAGGUCCCUGCCUUUGUGAAGAACCACGGCCUCCUGCCACAGCCUGAGUUCCAGCAGUUGCUGCGUAAGGCCAAGCUCUUCAUAGGGUUCGGAUUCCCCUAUGAGGGCCCAGCACCGCUGGAGGCCAUCGCCAAUGGCUGCAUCUUCCUUCAGUCUCGCUUCAGCCCACCCCACAGCUCCCUCAACCACGAGUUCUUCCGGGGCAAGCCCACCUCCAGGGAGGUGUUCUCCCAACAUCCCUACGCAGAGAAUUUCAUUGGCAAGCCUCACGUGUGGACUGUCGACUAUAACAACUCAGAGGAGUUUGAAGCAGCUGUGAAGGCCAUCAUGAACACCCAGGUAGACCCUUAUCUGCCCUAUGAAUAUACAUGUAUGGGGAUGCUGGAACGGAUCCACGCCUACAUCCAGCACCAGGACUUCUGUGCAGGUCCAAGCCCAGUCCCGCCAGGGGCCCACACCGCCCAGAGUCCCUUUGUCUUAGCCCCCAAUGCCACCCAUCUCGAGUGGGCCCAGAACAUCAGCUCGAUGGCGGGAGCCUGGCCCCCUACCCACUCUCUGCGGGCCUGGCUGGCAGCCCCUGGGAGGGCCUGCACAGAUGCCUGCCUGGACCACGGGAUGGUGUGCGAACCCUCCUUCUUCCCCUAUCUCAACAGCCAAGAUGCAUUCCUCAGGCUGCAGGUGCCCUGUGACAGCACAGAGUGGGAGAUGCAUCACUUGUACCCCGCCUUUGCCCAGCCCGGCCAAGAGUGCUACCUACAGAAAGAGCCGCUGCUCUUCAGCUGUGCCGGAGCCAGCACCAAGUACCAGAGGCUCUGCCCCUGCCGUGACUUCCUCAAGGGCCAGGUGGCCUUGUGCCAGGGCUGCCUGUGAGGCCGGAGGCCACCCUGCCAGCGUCUGCCCAUCCCCGGUUGGCAAGCACCAGCACUUUCUCCUGGCUGCAGCCAUGCUCACUGCCAAGGGCAGGAAGAGGCGGCUGAGGAGGCAGCAACUAAAGCCUGAGCUCCAUCCUAGGAGGCUCCUUGCCCUCCCCACAGGACUCGCGGCCAAGCAGAUGGGCUGACCUACCUGUCUGGUGGGCCCAGGAGCACGCGAAUGGAGGCCCCUUGCUUUCUGAGGUCUGGAUCAGCUGGUGACAUGACCCUGGCCGUUCUUGGGCCCAGGAUAGGCCUUCUGAUCAACAAGUCUGGGAACAUGGCCAUGCUGCCCCGCCUAGUUCGCCGGAGGUGUCAAGGGACGGGGACCGGGCCGCAGCCACGCUUGCUGUGAGGACCACGUCCUCUUCUUAUGAUGCUGCAGCAGCUCAUGCAGGGCCAGUGUUUGGCCUGCAGUUGUUUGGGGUGGACAAAGGGCAGAGAACUUGGGGAGGCUGGGAGAGGGACCCUGUCCUCCUAGUCCACCCUCCCUGUUCCUCACUCCUGCUUCCUCCAGCAGCCUUCACUUUGGGCCUCUUCUGAGACACGUUCUGGCAUGAUCUGCGGCUGGUCCACAGCCUCCAUCUCUGCCCCUCCAGGGGCUACCUCCACCACAGCCUCUGACAACAGGCCCAGACCCCACCAAGGCAUCCUCUGCAGGCUCUGACACCACCCUGACCUUCCAGCAUCUCAUGCUGGCCAGGCUGGGACGAAGUUUCACCCAUGGUACACUGGCUGGUUCUGGUUGCACAGGUCUACCAGACCUUCCAUGACUCCCACCCAUCAGGCCCCUCUUGGUCACUCCCUCCUGCUUCCCACAGCCUCAGGCCACUUCCAGACUUCGGUACCCAUCUCUGUGUGGCAUGCCCACCUCCAGUCCAGGGCGACCCUUCCCUCUCCCACCCCCAGGGCCUGCCGAAUCCAGCCAGGCCUCCGAGAACACUGCCACGGCCUAUGUGUGGCCUGCCCCCAGCCUCAUGAAGGCAGGCUCCCCUGGGCCCAGACAGUUGUGAGAAGGGACCAGCCUGCCUGGGACUUGCUGGUGCCCCCUGGCCUGGUUGGCCCCUGUGAUUCCGAGGAUCUGACUGCCAGAGGAAAGCAAUAG